AUGUUCGAAGCAGCGGCACGGCUCCAGGCACACAACCAGGAAAUGGUCAAGUGCAUCAGUCAGUUACGGACGCAGCGCCAGAAGCUAGCCGACCGAGUCGCUUGCCAGGAACAGGAGAAAGCCCUGGUGGAACAGGAAAUCCGAAAACUGCGCCAACAGCUGGCCACACUAGAUGAAUCCCUGGAAACAAACCGCCGCAAGCUCGAGGAACAGGACACGCGGCUAACGGACACCGAAGCGGGAUACAACAAACUUGUGGACACGAUGCAUGUUCUGCUGAUGUCGGUUAAAAAGGACGACAAGGAAUUCGGUUGCCCGUCGAGAUCGACCAAAAAAGAGACCACUAGCUAG